AAUCAGCCGAACCAGGUCAGAAGGACCAAUAGGUGGCCGGAAAUAGCGGUAUAUAAAAGGUGUAUUUGUCAUUGAGCAUAAGUGUGUCACUUAACAUAACAGGCUCACCGACUACAUUAUAUACUACAAGUAUGCAGUGCCUCUUUGGAACGGUAUUAAUUAUAUACAGCAUAUGUCCUGGAUUGAUAUCAGGAAAUGUCAACAAAAUGAUCGAUUUCUCCAAGUUCCUGAAUCCUUGGAAGGGAUCAGACAUGCCUGUAUGCACUGACCUAAGCAAGCCAUGUGACAUGGCGAUAGGCCUGAUGCAAAACGGAAGUCUAUCACAAAUCACAACCGAAGAAGAAAUGUGCGCAUGUCCCGGAACAAGCAGCUGUCCUAGAGGUUGGAACACAGACCUGAAAAAGUCAAUCCGAAUGGAGCUGAAAUCCACAGGUUCACAAGCCCUGAUGCAAUUCAACUACUGUGAACACAUUCCUGUUCUUUCCGUUUGUAACGGAAAUGAAAUUGCGCUGAAAACUCUCGAGAUUGGACUAUUUCCAGAAGAAAUUUUGGAAAACAACUGUCGAUGUCCAAACGGUCAGCAUCUUUUCCUGAAGAAAAGUAGAAUGAUUCGCCAUCGGCGAUACCAGGAAUACGUGUGUAGUAUGGCGGAUUGUGACGUCAACAACAGUGGAAGCCCAAUGUGCCUUCACUCCCUGAGAGGCGGCUUCGGUGUGUACACCACUACCUUCCAUUGUCAGUGCGGAGAGGGGUUCGAAUGCACCACAGACAGACGCUCGGCGAUCGGACGACUGGACAUAUAUGGCCAGUGUGAGGUGAUGUGAUUCUGAUGGACAGAGAAGAAUGGACGCACACAGCUUAUACCUGGUGGUUCUAGUGAAAUAACUAAGGACACUUGACAUACAGGGCAUCUUUGUGGAUAACAACAAUGACUUGUGUGGUGUGUGUAUAUAUAUCCCGGGGUAUGACCUAACCACUAUACGUGUUGUGUAUACAACAGUACACAGUUUGAUGUCGGUUAAUUGUGAUGACAACCUAGCUUACUGGGCUGUGUCACUUAUCAUAUAUAUUUUGUUUUACUGUUUAAAUGGGGAUUAGUUCGACAUUAACAGGACUUAAGCUUUAAAACUUAAAAAAGGUAACAAUGAUAAAACAUCAUUGAUGCACAAAAGAGACUGUGACCUCACACCCAUUAUACCUUGAAAUCCAGCGCACGUGCAUUGUAUUGAAGUGAUUUAAUGAUUUAUUUAACAUUUACGUCAGUUAUAAUUAAGUAUUUAAAAUACCUAAGUGUUAAAAUACCAAAUCAUGAAAUGGACCACCUGUCUAUAAUGACUAGCUGUCUAAAACUUCCAUUUAUAGAUACCCUGAAUGGUGUUCUCCAUAUUGGCGGGGUUUAUCGACCAGCUUUAAUGACAUCGGUUUGGAAGGGGGAUACUUUUUUAGUUCAGGGAUCACAUACGACACAUAUGGCAGAAUUAUGGUAUUAAAACAUCAACGAAUCUGUAAGACUACACAGGAUAAUGAUCCAAGGACUUAAAAAUGACGUCCACAAGAGGACAAAUAGGUCUGUAUACGUAUCUUCGCCUCUUAUAGGAUGGUGUUUACAAAUGAAUCUCUAAAUUAGGUGACCUUUCUUGGAAUAUUUCAUUACAUUUUACUCCUAUUGUGACAGGUGUCAAUGCUCUGUCCUUGAACAAACUCGAUAGCCUGUUAGCAUUACAAGUAGGGGCUUAAUUUGUCUAUUUUGUGAUCUAUAUGGUCACAUAGAAACCGUUAUGUAUUUAAACAUAUUUUAACAGUUCGACUUUGAAAGGUGGUCAAGGUAGAUAAUAUACAUUUAAACAAACUUGGUAGUUCUUCAAAUUAACAAACAAGAUCCCAUUAAUCUAAACUUUAUGAAUGUCUAGGAGAAAUCGGUGAAGAUUUACAGGUAUGACCCCUGUGACCUUUAAAGGUUGGUCAAGAUAAUUUGUUUUACAAGCUCGUUUGAUAAUUUUCAAACAGCUGACCCCUGUGACAUUGAAAGUGGGUCAGGGUUAUUUAUUCGAACAAACUUGAUUGUCCUUACUAAUUACUCCUUAAUAAAUCUUCAGAAGUUGUUGUUUGAUGAUUUUAACACAUUUAACAAGCGUGACCUUUAAAAUAGGUAAAUUCUAAAAAGUAUGAUAUGACCUCAUCCCACCAUACCAUAAGCCAAAUAUAUUCAUGCUGAAUCUUAUGCAUAUUUAGACUUGAAGCUGUGCAAAGCACAGACCAAUUAUCAGACAAGCCAUGUGUGAUUGAAAACUGCUUCUCCCACAACCAUUUUAGGUUACCUCUCUCCCGACUAAUUGGAUAAAUAUGCUAGGUGUUUGUAAACGUUUUUGGUUACCCACUAGUUGGUCAAUCAUCUAAUUAUGACGUCAUCUUCUAUUGUGAUGUCAUAGUUUCGUGGCAAUUCCCCGAACGGCAACAGGAAUUUUCUAGAUAUGCUAUCAGAACGUUGUGGCAGAAAAAGGUCCCUAAAGUGGUGAUGGUUUAUUAUCAUGUUAAUCUUACUCUCGGUAAACCUCGUGUCUUUAUACAAUCUGAAAACUAACUAACUCGGGUAAGAUAAGCAUGAUAUCCAGCCACCACUCGGUGGGAGCUUCUAUAUCCCAUUUUGGCGAAAUAACGUACAUGUACAUUUUGUAGGUAGUUCGAAGUUUGGACAUUCGUGGAGUACCGGUAUGGACAACGUGUCGCUUCAGCUUCAGUGUCUGUAUCCUUAGUGCUGACGCAUUAUGAAUAUAAUAUUCAAUAAUUAUAUAAAAAGUAUAUCGAUUUAAGAAUUUCAAAUCAAAUUAGACUUUAUUGGUAUUGAAACAUUAGAUAUAAAUUAAUUAGUCAGUACGGAAAAGUUGGGACCUACAAAAUGUAUAUUGAGGGACGACUCGGGUUGUGAAAUGUUGUUCCCGAUAUGCAAACACACAUAAACAAUUAAGAUAUUAUGUUGCAAAUUGUUUGCGUAUCGAAGAACACUAUAAUGGCGUUUCUGAUUGAAUUAUAUUGAUCAUAUGACAGGGAAACAAACGGCGUGCUAUCCUCACUGUUGUUCUCCGGAUCAUAUUUCCCUAAUUCGAGCCUCUCUGAAAUAUGAAGAAGGGACAUAACGUAGUAACAGAAAGCUGACUAAAACGUUGGCGCUUAAGUCUGAAGAUCUCUUAUUGCCGUGUUAUUGGAUUAUUUCGACAUUAUACAAUUUGUAUUUCCCGUGUGGUAAUGAAGAACAUGACUCAUUGUUUCCCCGAGAUUAACCAUGUUUCACUAAGCACAUCAAAGGAUCAUGUUCUCUUGUUACCACAAGGACAAUGCAUGCAUAAGUACAUGUGGACUAGAGUGUUACUGUAAGUAUACGAACUGGACGUUUAUUGUAUUCCCUUCCUUGACUGAUAAAGGGAAGUUAAUCUUGAGCAAAGUGUUCAUGAAUGUCCUUGAAUUUCACGUAUUUCACGUACUUUGUACGAGAUUCACUCCCUUUCAGCAGUCCAUGCAAGCAACGACAAAAUAAAUAAAUAAAAACAACACGAUUACUUCGCAGUAGGUACAUUUUAUCAGAGACUUGGUCCGGAUUUGGUCUUUUCACAACAUUUCUCUAGUUUACAAGGUUCGGAUGUAGCCUUUUCACAACAUACAUUUCUCUAGUUUACAAGGUCCGGAUGUAGCCUUUUUCAAAACAUUCCUCUAGUUUACAAGAAAUAGUACUAAUGUACCCAUUCGUAUCGUUAUGAAAGGAAACAGUUGUCAUUUCAAAAUACAUUUGUAAAGAGAUUUUGACUUGAUCUGAAGAUCCCAGUCAACAUGAGCCUUACAUCGAGGAACAUUUGAUGACGUCGAGAAGAGACGUCUAAAGCUAGUAGUAUAUACGUCUCUGCAUCAAGGACAUAUGACGUGUAUAUUACAAUAUAUAUAAAUCAAAACGAUUUACUGCAUUAUUGUUGUUUAACCACGUUCUCGGAUGCAAUACAUGGACUUUUUGAAAUUCAGACUUCUAAUAUACACCAUAACACUUUUGUUGAAAGCGUGGGAAAUAAGCUAAACGAAUACAAAUCACCGAAUAUUGUUGAUAAAUGUCAAACGGUGAAACGGUUAUCUCCCUUACUCUGUUAAAACAACAUUUUAAGGAAAACGCGUAAAAACGCACAGGACGUAACGUUUUGACGUAGCUAGAACUCGGAGAGAUGACGGAUGCAGUGCCAUGGCUGCAGCUGACGAGCGUGCAUGGUAUACCUACCAUUGUUUCAGCGACUGAAGAGUUGAAUUCUUCUAUCUACAAACAUAGAAUAUGAUAUGCAUAUGGACGAGUUGAAUUUUUGAUGAAAGUCUACAAACAAGUGCAAAUAAUUCACUAUAAAAAGAGGAUUGGCAUAUAUACCUUCAGUAUGUAUGUAACAAUGGCUAAGACGGAGCAAGGAAUAACAAAAUAAAACAUGUAUAACUCUAAGAAGAAAUUGCGAAAGUUGCUGCACACCAAAUAUUUUUUUAUGAAAAUGACUAACUGACAGUCAAACAACCUCGAGGAAACGGAUCCUGCAUACUUGAAUUCUAACGUAACUGUAUGGACCAAAUUUGAGGAAUCCAUUGGUAGGGCAAUUAACUCUAGUAUUGGAAAUGUUAUUAUAACUGGUGGUUUUAACUUAAAUUUAUUGCAACGCAGUCAUA